AUGAGAGAAGCAAUGCCUAGGAUGAUGAUGCUUUCACUUGUUCUUCUCCUAGUUUUUCAUGUUUCUGCUUCAUGGGCAGCCUCAGCUUCUGUCUAUGACAACUUUCUUCAAUGCCUAAACACCAACACAAACCCAUCAUCAACCCAAUUGUCCAACAUAAUCUAUGCCGAAAACAACCCUUCAUACUCAUCUGUUCUAAGAGCCUACAUCAGAAACUCAAGGUUCAACACCACUUCAACCCCAAAACCAGUCCUCAUCGUCACACCCUCAGCUUCAUCUCAUGUUCAAGCUUUGGUUGUCUGUGCCAAACAGCUUGCCAUACAGCUGAGAAUCCGAAACCUUAUUGUCCUUGAUAUGUUCAACCUCAGGACUGUGACUGUAGACAUUGAGGACAGCUCGGUUUGGGUUCAGGCUGGAGCCACUCUUGGAGAAUUGUACUAUAGGAUUUCAGAGAAGAGCAAAGUUCAUGGCUUUCCUGCUGGUGUUUGUCCCACAGUUGGUAUUGGUGGGCACAUAAGUGGUGGUGGCUAUGGAAACAUGUUGAGGAAGUUUGGCCUUGCUGUUGACAAUGUCCUUGAUGCUCAGAUUGUUGAUGCUAAGGGGAGACUUCUUGAUAGACAAGCCAUGGGAGAAGACCUGUUUUGGGCCAUUAAAGGAGGGGGUGGAGGAAGCUUUGGUGUCAUUGUUGCAUACAAAUUGAAGCUGGUUUCUGUCCCAGAAACUGUCACAGUUUUCCAGGCUGCGAGAACAUUGGAAGAGAAUGCAACCGACGUUGUUUCGAGGUGGCAAGAGGUGGCGCCAACCACAGAUGAUGGUCUGUUUAUGAGGCUGCUGUUGCAGCCAGGGAGCGAUACUGUUAAGGCCACAAUUAUGGCUGAGUUUCUAGGCAAUGCUGACCAACUUGUGUCAUUGUUAGGGAAGCAGUUUCCUGAGUUAGGUUUGAAGAAGGAUGACUGUAAGGAGAUGAGCUGGAUUGAGUCUGUGCUUUGGUGGGCUAACUAUGAUAAUGGGACUUCCCCUGAUGUGUUGCUUGAUAGAAAUCCUGAUCACGCAAAUUUUCUGAAAAGAAAGUCUGAUUAUGUUCAAACCCCAAUUUCCAAAAACAGGUUGGAGUUAGUGUGGAAGAAGAUGAUUGAAAUAGGCAAAAUAGGUUUGGUUUUCAAUCCAUAUGGUGGGAUGAUGAGUCGGAUUCCGGCCUCUGCCACCCCUUUUCCACACCGUGCUGGGAACUUGUUCAAAGUUCAGUACUCAGUGAGCUGGGGGGAAAGCAGGGGCUGA